CUGAACAGACCUUUUUUUUUUUCUUUUUCUCUUUUUUCUUUUUUUCUUUUUUCCCUUUUUUAAUCCUAUCUGCGCCAGAAAGCGGGGGGACAAAUUAAUAUAUUAUAAAUAUAUAUAUUUUAUAUGUAUAUAUGAAUGAAAGGCCGGCACGAGCCCAGGUGCGCAUGGCUGCCCGCCUGACGUGAGCAGCCGGGCCGGCCGCCGCCGCCGCCGCCAUGGAGCACAUCCGGAUGCCCAAGGUGGAAAAUGUGCGAUUACUUGAUCGCUUAUCUUCAAGAAAAGCUGCAGUGGGAACCCUGUACUUAACAGCUACUCACGUCAUAUUUGUGGAAAAUGGUUCUGAAACUCGUAAAGAAACCUGGGUUCUCCACAGCCAAAUUUCCUCUAUUGAGAAGCAGGCCACAACUGCCACAGGUUGCCCAUUGCUGAUCCGCUGCAAGAACUUCCAGGUUAUCCAGCUGGUCAUCCCUCAGGAGCGAGACUGCCACGAUGUCUAUAUCUCUCUAAUACGUCUGGCACGGCCAGUGAAAUAUGAAGAGUUGUAUUGCUUCUCAUUCAAUCCAAAAUUAGAUAAAGAAGAACGAGAGAAAGGCUGGAAGCUUGUGGACCUCAAUGAAGAAUAUAACCGGAUGGGCAUUCCAAACAGCUACUGGCAGAUUAGUGAUGUAAACAGAGACUAUGGAGUCUGUGACUCCUAUCCUACAGAAGUGUAUGUACCAAAGUCUGCAACUGCACACAUCAUAGUGGGGAGCUCUAAAUUUCGGAGCCGAAGGCGUUUUCCAGCUCUUUCCUACUACUGCAAGGAUAAUAAUGCCUCGAUAUGUAGGAGCAGCCAGCCUUUAUCUGGCUUUAGUGCAAGAUGCCUUGAAGAUGAACAGAUGCUUCAGGCCAUCAGAAAAGCAAACCCAGGAAGUGAUUUUAUAUACGUUGUUGACACUCGGCCUAAACUCAAUGCAAUGGCAAACCGAGCAGCAGGGAAGGGAUAUGAAAAUGAAGACAACUACUCCAACAUCAAGUUUCAAUUCAUAGGCAUUGAGAACAUCCAUGUCAUGAGAAACAGCCUGCAGAAAAUGCUUGAAGUUUGUGAAAUGAAAUCGCCUUCAAUGAGUGACUUCCUGUGGGGCCUUGAAAAUUCUGGCUGGCUGAAGCAUAUCAAAGCCAUUAUGGAUGCUGGCAUCUUUAUUGCAAAGGCUGUGGCUGAGGAAGGUGUAAGUGUGCUUGUUCACUGCUCUGAUGGCUGGGAUAGAACAGCCCAGGUUUGCUCUGUAGCAAGCCUUUUCUUGGAUCCGCAUUACAGAACUAUGAAGGGAUUCAUGGUUUUAAUUGAAAAAGACUGGGUUUCCUUUGGUCACAAAUUUAAUCACAGGUAUGGCAAUUUAGAUGGAGAUCCAAAGGAGAUAUCCCCUGUUAUUGACCAGUUCAUUGAGUGUGUCUGGCAGCUAAUGGAACAGUUUCCUUGUGCCUUUGAGUUCAAUGAGAGAUUCCUGAUCCACAUACAACACCACAUCUAUUCCUGCCAGUUUGGUAAUUUCCUGUGUAACAGCCAGAAGGAGAGACGAGAGCUGAAAAUCCAAGAACGAACAUAUUCACUGUGGGCUCAUUUGUGGAAAAAUCGUGCAGAUUACCUGAAUCCUUUGUACAGACCAGACCACAGUCAAACCUGGGGGACCCUGCACCCACAGAUGGCUCCCUGCAACUUCUUGUACAAAUUCUGGAGUGGUAUGUACAACCGCUUUGAAAAGGGGCUGCAUCCUCGACAGUCAGUCAUUGAUUAUCUGAUGGCAGUGAAGGAGGAGACUCAACAGCUGGAAGAAGAACUGGCAGUCUUGGGAGAGAGAUUGGCAAAUCUUCAAAAACUGCAAUUAAGUGGUAAUAAAGUCAAGAGUAAGCAGCAAGACCGAAGCAAGGAGUUAGUGCUUUCUGCUUCCAACAACAGCUUAGCUAACACUCCCCAAGAGUACAGCAAUGAUCUGAAAUCAUUCCCAUCCCGGAGCCCUUCACAAGGGGAUGAAGAAGAUUCAGCCUUGAUUUUGACACAGGACAACCUGAAAAGCUCUGAUCCUGACCUCUCAGCUAACAGUGACCAAGAGUCUGGCGUGGAGGACUUAAGCUGUAGGUCCCCAAGUGCAGGUGGCUGUUUGCCUAGCGAAGACAGUGGCAAGGAUUCAGAUGAAGCUGUAUGCCUGGCAGUCUGAAAUGCCUUCACAGCAGCAAGGAUCAAGAUGCAGCUGAGUCCUUCAUGGUCUGGAGCGACAACUUUUAAUCAGAUGAAGAAUGGGAAUUGUCUGUGGCCUGAAGAAGUAAUCCAAAGAAAGGGAACUGUGCAAUUAUGUAAGUAAAGAUUUAGCAGAACAAGCCAUUAUUAAAGACAUAAUGCUAAUCUCUGAUGUUAUGAAUAUUUAUUUAAGCCGAUGUGGUGUUUCCUUUCACUUUAUCAAUGCUGCACAUAAUUAUUCCUCACCCUGUACAUUUCCAUAAUUAUUCAUUGUACAAAUUAAUAGUUACUCUCCAGAAACACGAAAUUCCAAAGUACUUCAUGUACUUUGGACAAAGCUGAAGGUUCAUUAGCACUAGGCUUACUGGUGUAUUAGUCAAAACUUAUUGUUGUAGAUUUUUUUUGCCCUUGGACAUACCGUAUAUUCCUUUCUUUUCCCAUGAGCAGUGUUGUUGUUUUUGUUUUGUUUUGUUUUUUUGAACUCCAGCAACUACUUUCCAUUUUCUCCUAUUACUGUCCUUUAAGGCAAUGUAAACCCAGCAAAUGAACAUGCUUGCUGAAGGGAACAAAUGUAGUAUUGAGCCCAAAGAAAGAUUCUUCACUAAGCUGCAGCUGCUGAAUGUGACUGCAUCCCAAUUGUACUUGAUUCUCAACCAGUGCUGAAAGUUCAGAAGUUUCUGUGAGCAAAACUUCAAUCAAUAUAACAAUACUUAGUCUUUAUGGCAAAGAAUACCUUUAAAAUGAACGAUGUUAGGCCGUAAAAUUCUAAACAUAAUAAAAAUCCUGUCUAUUUUGACUCCUAAUCAGUGUUAUUUCAGUGGGAGUAAGACACACACACUGCACAGGUGAUAAGGAGUCCAAACUCAUUCAUAAAAGUCAUUUAUGAAAGCACUGCUUAAAUUCAGAAUUAAAAGUUACUGCCAUACAAUAAUUCCUAUGAAGAAUAUUUCUUCCAAGUUUUGUUUAAAAAACAAAACCAAGGUGUUUUUAUCUGCACAAAAAUUUUCUCUUUUUAGCACUUGCCAACCUCAGAAGAGCAUAGUAAUGCUAAUUUAAGAAAAUGACUAAUUCAAAGAAUUUUUUUUUUUCUUU